UGACGAAGAAGACACACACAUCUCAAAUUGAAAUUAUUCCAUGCAAGAUCUGUGGAGACAAAUCGUCAGGAAUCCAUUAUGGUGUCAUUACGUGUGAAGGCUGCAAGGGCUUUUUCAGGAGAAGUCAGCAGAGCAAUGCCACCUACUCCUGUCCUCGGCAGAAGAACUGCUUGAUCGAUCGAACCAGCAGAAACCGCUGCCAGCACUGUCGACUGCAGAAAUGCCUUGCCGUGGGGAUGUCUCGAGAUGCUGUCAAGUUUGGCCGGAUGUCCAAGAAGCAGAGAGACAGCUUGUACGCCGAGGUGCAGAAGCACCGGAUGCAGCAGCAGCAGCGAGACCACCAGCAGCAGCCUGGGGAGGCUGAGCCGCUGACGCCCACCUACAACAUCUCAGCCAAUGGGCUGACGGAACUGCAUGAUGACCUCAGCACCUACAUGGAUGGGCACACCCCGGAGGGCAGCAAGGCCGACUCAGCCGUCAGCAGCUUCUACCUGGACAUCCAGCCCUCCCCAGACCAGUCGGGAUUGGACAUCAAUGGGAUCAAACCCGAACCCAUAUGUGACUACACACCAGCAUCCGGCUUCUUCCCCUACUGCUCCUUCACCAACGGAGAGACUUCCCCAACCGUGUCCAUGGCAGAACUAGAACAUCUUGCACAGAACAUAUCCAAAUCCCACCUGGAAACCUGUCAAUACUUGCGGGAGGAGCUCCAGCAGAUAACGUGGCAGACCUUCCUGCAGGAGGAGAUUGAAAACUAUCAGAACAAGCAGAGGGAGGUAAUGUGGCAGCUGUGUGCCAUCAAGAUCACAGAAGCUAUCCAGUAUGUGGUGGAGUUUGCCAAACGCAUUGACGGAUUUAUGGAGCUGUGUCAAAAUGAUCAGAUUGUGCUUCUAAAAGCAGGCUCUCUGGAGGUGGUGUUUAUUAGGAUGUGCCGUGCCUUUGAUUCUCAGAACAACACCGUGUACUUUGAUGGGAAGUAUGCCAGCCCCGAUGUCUUCAAAUCCUUAGGUUGUGAAGACUUCAUUAGCUUUGUGUUUGAAUUUGGGAAGAGUUUGUGUUCUAUGCACCUGACUGAAGAUGAAAUCGCAUUAUUUUCUGCAUUUGUACUGAUGUCAGCAGAUCGCUCCUGGCUUCAGGAAAAGGUAAAAAUAGAAAAACUGCAACAGAAAAUUCAGCUAGCCCUUCAACAUGUCCUACAGAAGAACCACCGAGAAGAUGGAAUUCUAACGAAGCUAAUAUGCAAGGUGUCUACACUAAGAGCCUUAUGUGGACGGCAUACAGAAAAGCUAAUGGCAUUUAAAGCAAUAUACCCAGACAUUGUACGACUGCAUUUUCCUCCGUUGUACAAGGAAUUGUUCACUUCAGAAUUUGAGCCAGCAAUGCAAAUCGACGGGUAAAUGAAGCACCCGGCACUUCUAGAACAUCUGAAGUACAAACAUGAAAAUAAGAAAGAAAGAAAAAAAAAAAAAAAGGAAACAAAACAAUGACAACGAAGACAAACUUAACCGAGACACUUUCUAUGGCCCUGCACAGCCCUGGAGCGCCAACACACUGCACAGACAUCUUGUGGUGAUCGGGGUUCAGGCACAGAGGGGAAACAAUCAGAACCAAUAAAAGCUGAACUUGUUUUGCUCAUGCAUAUGAUUUCCACUAUGCCUACAGAUAUGGACCCUUUUUCUGUCUCAACUUCUAGAGCGGUUGACCUCGGCAUAUAACAGGAGGAGGGUACUACAGUCGGAGGAGUCCCUUUUCUCAUAGCUCACUGCCCACAGACUCUUACGGGUAACAACAGAGUCCAGCGGUAGUCGGUGACCCCAGUGUGCAUAGCGGGAGUUGCGGCGUUACUUUGCACAGCUUGCUUUUCAUGAAGGAAGAUUUUGUUUUUUCUCACCGAUUAUUGCCGGUCAGCAGGAUGGCGUGAAAAGGGGAUCCAUAGCGCUCGCAAACAAUAGCAUUAUAAUAUAUUACACAGGGUAAAUGGGCAUGAAGACUAUAUAUAGCUAAAGAGAUAUUGUUUAUAUAUUGUUUUAAUUAAUAUAAAAAUGUAGUGACUGGCGUAGCUUUUCCUGUUGAAUUGAUAAGGCACUUUCCGUUUUGCACCUUUUGUUUUCUUUAAAUUAAAUGCUAGCGUGUUCACUGUCGCCGUGUCGCAUGUACACCAGAAACACAAGUUUAGCUGAGAAGGCUUGGAAGGUACGUCGGGAGGUGUUUAUGCUGCUGUUUACAAGGAAACAAUUACUUUUAAAAGACUGGCUGGUCAUAUCCAGAAAUCAACAUGUUGAAUUUUUUUCCCCACCUGUAAAUUUGGAAUUGGUAACGGACUGUUCCCUAAAUCACAUUUUGUUUUGCAUGCAAUUAAGAAUGGGUGUGUUUCUGCUUCAUCAGAGUCGAAGGAGUGUCUGGUGCUGUGGGCUUAAACCAUAUGUGCAUUUUUAAAGUUUUUAAAAGGGUGAAGGAGGAGAAGCUCAUUUGACACAGUUCAGUAGUCACAGGGACACAGUAUCAACUUGCCAUUCUGAUGCUUUCAAAAACAAAUGAGUAGCCAGAAUAUUUACUGGAUUCUAGUUCUUAUUUAGAAGAAGGACCCAAAGACUCUAUGUGGAGCAGACGCACUCCCGACAUGAAGCAUUCAUUGAAUGUCUGUGUUCUUGGCAUCAGGAAGUCAUUGCAGGGUAAACUGAUCCUAGACUAACUGUCCCAGAUUCUAGAAUGCUGCUCUCCGUGUUAGGUAGACAGUGCAUGAAGAGGGAGGGAGACGGUGUUGAACCCGGUUCCCGUGUUGAAAAGAAGCCUUCAGAGUGAAGGUGAUGCCAGCUGCAGACAUUUUCUCAUGUAUCUACCCUCACUAGAAAACUGUGGACUCUAAUUUAUUUUAUUAAAUAUUUAGAUGAUAGUUUGGCUUUUGUUUUCAGGUAAGAAGUAGUGAGGUAUUCUUGACUAAUUUUGCAUUUUUUAAAAAAUAAUCCCCAGUGGGAAGAGGAAGGAGCAUUCUUAUGUUCACAGGUGUGCGUAUUUUAAAAGCAAGUGCCCUGGACUAGAGGCAUGAUGGUCCAAUGGUUAAGAGCACUUAUUGCUCUAUCAGAGGACCAAAGCCUGGAACCCAGCAAUCAGCUCAGGCAACUUACAAAAGCCUGUAACUCCAGCCCCAAGAUUUCAGUGUCCCCUUCUGGCCUCUGUGGCGGUGCGUGCACACAUACACCCACACACAGUGAGAAAGAGAGACAGACGUUUAAAGAUCAACACAUCCUUAAAAACAAGCGCCCUUUUUAGAAUGUAGGAGGCAUUUAGGAGAUAACUUUGGUCACAAGAUACUGGUCUGGCAUCAAAGACUGUACCUGUAAGGAAAAGGGAACAUCUUCCCUGGUACAAAGUGGGUGCUUCUAUGAAGCCCAACACAUGCAGCUCCCUCCUCUGCCACUAGGGCCCUUCUAGACUCUUCUGCCAUCAUUUCUGUCCCUGCUGAUGUCUGUCUGAUGGGUUAUACCAGGGCCAGCUUCCCAGAGCACUUCACCAAUUUUUAACUUCACUGACUUUCUGCCUUAUUUACUGAGGGACUUGGAAAGUAGGAAGCAAUUAUUUGUACAGAAAUAUGUGGGGGAACCCUAAGUAACAUCUGAGGUUUUUUGGUUUUUGUUUUUUGUUUUUUUUUUUUUCUUCAAAAACAUAGUAAGGGUUUAACCAUGAACAGGAGAGUGAUAUUACUUAAAUUUCUUACAAGCAUAGAAAAUUUUAUGUGUUUAUAUGGAGAGGUUAGCUGUCAGGAUAUAGUAUUUAUAUUUGGGCAAGAAGGGGUAAAUCAAAAUUUUAUUUAAGCAUAGUUCCUUUAAAGAUUAAUAGUAUUUAUAUUCUGAAGAGAGUACAGUUGUGUUAUUUAUUUGCCCAUUUUUUUUCUUGUUGUUUCUCCUGUGUGAGGGAAUGGUGUGAGGUUUGGGUUUGGUUUUUGUUUUUCCUCUCUUUUUUUUUAGUUCUUCAGAUUCACUAAAUUUGGGGAUGGUUUUAGUAAAGUAUAUUAACUUCUUUUUAACCAAAGCUUUCUGCAUAUGACCAGCCUCAGGUGCUAGCGCACUAAAGAGCAACUAAACCUAAUUCCAGUGUCCACAUGUGACUAAGGAGAGUGGACUGAACUUCUCUAAGGGUGAGAGAGAAUGUGAUAUUGAACUUCAGAGAAAUUGAUUUUCCCAGAAAGGAUUCUGCAUGUACCUAAUGCAAAACAAACACAAGACACUCUAAAUCUCAGUACUAUGCCUUGGUGACAUUGCUUUUUACAAUACACCAGGAGAGAGUGGUUUGACUGCUUCCAGGUUUUCCUGAAAGAAAAGCAGGAAGUAGGCUUUCAGAGCAAAGUCCUCUGACAAGGUAGAGACGGAGCAGUAGAGGCAGGCCUGCUCUGAGAAACUGAGAGCACAGCUGACUAUGAUUUCUACCUAAGUUGAGAGUCAUGGGGAGUCCAGAACAGGAUGUAGAAACUUUGGCAUUUUUCUUUUCUUCCUUAUUGUGAGAGCCACUCGUGUGGUACCACAAGGUAGUCAAGGACAAAGAAUCGUGAGGCUUAAUAGCUCCCGUCAUUAAACUUGCUUGAACUUAAAGGCUCAACAGCGUCCUGAGGACUGAACAGUAUUUUUGUCAGCUCAGCUGCUAAAGCGAAAUCAGGUAACUCUUUUCUACAGACAGUAAAUGAGGCUUUUGUGCAAAAUCUGGGCGUUGUUGCUAUGAUACUCAAAUGAUCCUGCAACAUCAUGAGAAACUGGCCUUGUAGAAACUGCAUCCAAAGUGCAGUUGAAAGCACUGUUUGGACAGAUCACAAAUUGUGCUAAGGCUAUGUUUUUGUUUUUUGGGUUUUUGUUUUUGUUUUUUUAGCAUUCAGCAUUCUAAUUUGUGUUAAAUCCAUAGGUUGUUUUGUUUUUCCAAAGUCUUUAACGUCCUGACUCACCCUCCCUAACUUAAGAAAAACAUGACCUGAGUAAGACACUGCUUCUAAGUUUGGUUGUUCUUUAGCCUGUGGAUACCAGAUUCCUGUGAGUGGAUGGGGUGGGCCAAGGGUCAGGGGAGGAAGGUGUGUGUUUGCCCGUGCGCGUGUGGCUUCCGUGUGGCUGAAGUGUGUGUGGUAGACCGCUUCUAGGCUACUAAGUGUCAAUGGAAAAGAAAAUGUAUUCAAAAUACAUAAAUCAAAACUAGAAGAUGGAAAAAAGAUUUAUUCUAUACAAAGCCUUGUCUGGACCACUCUAGAGAGACUUCUAUUUUUUUAACCCUUCUAUAAAUAUUUGAUGGCACUAGAAAUAUUCCUGCAAUAAAAUGUGAUUUGUGUAAAGAAAAAAAAAAGAUUUUGUAAUGUGAAACAAAGAAAGAAAGUAAUGUAAUUUUCUAAAAAAAAAAACAUACAAACAAACUUUGUAUUAUUUUCUUGAUGGAAUUUGCCUAUCUGUCUUUGGAAAACUUUUUAUUUCAUUGAAUGUGCCAUAGUAGAUGUACGUGUUUUUAGUUUUAGACUAAGGGAUGGCUGUUUGUGUUCCGACAUUCCAAAAUGCAAAGCAACUUAGCAGAAGCCUUGAUGAGGAGGUUUCGGUAGGAUGCAAGCGUCUCUCCUUGUUGCUUUUUUGCACACGUCUUUAAUUCCUACCUAGUGCAAUAUCUGUACAUACAGCACUUGCGGGUGUACUUUGAUCCCUCAGGGAAAAAAAACACAUAUUUGUAUAGUUGUUGGGUUUGUUUUGGGUUUUUGUUUGUUUGUUGAUUUGUUUUCCUUUUCGUUUUUUUGGCUAAGGAAUGUCGAUCGAAUUACUUGUUGUUGAGAGGCAGCCAGAUAAUCAGCCUAAAGCCACUGUUUCAGACACGGAUUGUUUGAGUCAUGUCUUUCCAGUACUAUUAUUUUAAAAUGAUGAUAAUAAUAAUAAUAAAAAGCUAUUUUCUGACAGUUCUUUGUGCUGACUGGUGGAAAACGAAAGGGUAAAAAAAAAAAAAAGCACCUUAUGGUUGACCUACUGUGAAUGACAAUCCAUCUUGGUGUCAAGGACAGAGCCCUGUUAUCUGGAGUUGGGGCUGGGAGUCAGAAACACUGUGCUCAGGGAUCUUGUAAAACUCUUAAAACAGGGUGGCCAGUGGACUGGGACAAAUUGUGUUUUUACUAGUAAAGAGAAUGAUGCUAAUAUCCCUCCAAGGCACAAGUGAACUGUAGAGGUGUGUGUAUGUGUGUGUGUAUGUCUGUCUGCCUGUCUAUCUGUCUGUCUGUGUGAGCUCGUCACUGUCUCAUUUUGUUGAGUUCAAAAUUUCUGUGUGAAGUUCUGCCAGUGUGUAUGGAAGAUGAAUUCAGAAGUGACAGACCAAUCGAGGAGCAAAGUGUAGGCCAUUUGCUGUUUUCCUAACAAUUAAAAUGCUCCAGUAUAACAUAAUUUUAAACAAUUUCAAAUUCUAUGUAUUAUGAAUUACUUUUUUUUUUUUUUUAAGGCCAGCAGUAAGACCUGUUCAGUGAAAUGGGCAACAACAGAGACUCUUUCAGAACUAGAAAACGGGCUCUUUCACCGUUUUCUCCUCCAGGGCAAACCAAAUUCCUGCUAUGCAAAACAAUUCCUGUUGCACAUCCCUAGCUUUUUUGACUUGUGCAGUUGUUUGUUUUCCCAGAAGAGCUGACAUUUUUAAAGACAGAUCAGUCCCUGCAUGACAGACCACAGCUUCAAGGGCCUUACAGCUCUGGAAGGCAGUUCUGUGCUCAUGUUCUCAUCUACAACUUCCCACAAAGCCAGGGAAGCUCAGUGUCGCUCAUGGUUGAGUCUCUUGGCCCAUAAUACAUACUUGGCAGAAUUACAUAGCUUCUUACAAUAGGAGAACUAGGUUUGGAAGAUCUGUCUAUCAGGUGACAAUAACACCUCACACCUUGUUUUGAGUGUAGAUGAAAGAAACCUCCUUCCUCCCCUUUUAUCUCUCCAUCCAUCCAUCCAUCCAUCCAUCCAUCCAUCCACACGUAUGCAUAUGUGACAGACGUUUUUUACAUAAUAUCAUAGGGCCACUGCCUAAGUUGUGAGGUACAGAACCCCACAAGGACAGCUUGUACUGUGGAUCAGAUAUGUUCCCAGAAAUGCAGUUGAACAGUCAGAUACUGAUUGACUGUUACUCCCUGUCACUCUGGUCUUCAUUCCAUUAAACACUAAUGUGGGAAAUGCUUCCACCAGCUUUGAUGGCAGGGACCUUCCCAUUGCUGUUUAUUUUUAACUGAUGGGAAGGCCAGCUAUCAAUGUCCUCAAAGGCGAUUGACUGCACUCCUGACUGACUGUGCGCACACUCAUCAUGUGCCUUGUGCCUGUGCAUGCUUGUAUGUGAUCAGUUUGUCAGACUCUCAGAAUAAUUUUUUUUAAACAAACAGGAGGGCUGGCUUCACACCGGGAAGCCACCAUGACUGGGGCAGAGCAUGUUCAACCAAGCCCUCAAAACUUAGAGCAAUAAACACUGUUCAGUUGCUCAUUUACUUGUAAAUGGGUGACGGAAUAUUUGAUCCAAAUAGAAAUAACCUUUUCCCAGGGUCUAGUGUGGAGAGUGGAGACGAAUGUUUGGAAGAGAUCCAUGUUCUCUGUUUACAUCUCUGUUUUGCCACAUUAGCUGUCCUAUGCUUUUUCUGUGAUCCUUCUCGAAGCUAAUGACAAGACAGCUGGCUGUUAGCUUUAUGGGCUGUGCCUGUCAUUACGUUGUUCCCCUAGAACAACAGGCUUCUCUCUGGCGUUCCUGUAUGGUUCCUUUCUUGUUCCUUAUGACUUGUGUGGAGGAGUAACUACUUCUAUCAAGAUGAUAAUCACUGAAUAUGUUGCAUACGUAAAUGCAGAUAUUCCUUGAGCAAUAUAGUGGGUAUGACUUCACACGGGCGCGCGCGCGCGCGCGUACACACACACACAACCUGUAUGUACUGCACACAUCUUCCUGAGGCCCCAAUUCUCUGCUCAUCCUAAUGGUUUGAAGUCUCAUCUACAACAGUGGUGAAUGUUUUAGACAGUAGGACAUUAGCUGGCUGCUUCUUUAAGUGUACCUGUAUUGUCUGCCCGCUCCUUUUGUGGAGACAUGUUUUUGUAUUGGAUGUUUGGGCCAAUGGGAGGCUUCAAGCUACAACAUAUUUUCCCAGUUUAAAUAUAUUGAACUUAUGACAAACCCCAGACAAGGCUUUUAAUCUGUAAAGAACUGCAGUGUUGGGUGGUUUAUUUACAAACCGUUUUCAAUGUUGUCCAUUUUUAUGGCACCUUUAACAAUAUACUUGUUUCCAAAGUACAAAAAAAAAAAAUAGGUUAAAUAAUCUAGCCAUAACUGAAUGUCAAGCAAUAAAUCAAAUGACUUUUGUGCAUAGACUUUAAAAACUACAAAUUUUAGACAUCUGCAUGUAAAUGCAAUCUCUUGUUUACUGCUUUCUUCAACUCAAGCAAUGGAUUCCUUAUUUACUAUUAACUUAAGAACUUGUAACGGUCUGUACACAUUUUCUCUCCUCUUCUUUCAAAUUCACCUUCGCCCUGCUUUUGAGUCAUAAUAUUUAAUGCUGUUCUGCACACCUCUAUACAGUUAACUUUCUGGCUUUUGUUCUGUAUAGAUAAGAAGAUGUUAUAUUAUAAACAGCCUACUCAGUGCAAAUAUUUAUCUGUUUAUCAAAUCCACAAUAUGCUGUGUAAUACUGGUUUUACUAUAUAAUCUAUUUUAGACAUAGCUGUUUAGAACUAGAGUGUGCUAUUUUUGUGUUUUUCUGAUGUGUGGUGCUAGAUAAGUUACUUUUGUGAACAACAACAAAAAAAAAUCCCUUUUAUUCCUAGACAAAACCACCUUUGGGUCUUGUUAAUUUCACUGAGUAUAACUAUAUAUUUGUAUAUAUAUACAUAUAUAUAUGUAUAUCUAUAUAUAUAUAUCUACCUGUACCCAACUGGCAACUGUAUCAGAGUGCUAGAUUUGGGACAUGCUUUUCUCUUUAAAUACAUAAUAUCAUUAUAUAAAUUAUUCUAGAGUGUAUUUAAUUAGGAUAAAAUUACUUCCUUAGUAUGGAUAUUUGACAUCUAUUGGGUGAGUUUGUUCAUAAAUACAGACAUGAAAAACUGUUACCAUUUAUGCAGCUCUGUUGCUCAGCUUCCCAUCACACCUUCUGAGCGGAAACGUAAUUUGACAGGCCUUGCUCCCAAAGCAACAAGCUCGUUUAGUGAGAAACCCUUUUUUCCCUUACCGAAGAACUCUGUAAUUGGCACCUGACUAAAUGGUACAUUUAACUCCUAGUACAGACAAUAUGUAGAAUAUUCAUGGAGGACUGAUAGCACUCUAGGCCCUUCCCCUCAUCUUAGUGAUGAGCUUUAUGGACAUAUACAUUGGGCUAUACUGCAAAUUCAACAAGGGGUGAUGUUCUAAUAUGACCACAACCAGUUCUGUGAACUGAGUGGAGGAUGCUUGUUUUAAAAUCAUUUAAUAGUGAGCUACAUUAACUCUGACCUUUUUCCCCCAAGAGUCAUUGGCAUUGUUCAAGUUGUACACCAAAUAUCUAACUGAGGAUGUAAUUAGCCUUCUUAAAUAUUGAUUAGAAUUGUUCUGUGAUAUUACUGGAUUUGUAAGAUCUUUAGCAAAGAUUUUUGAGCAAUUUAUAAAUAUAGAGCAAAUGUUUCUGUUUACUGCACUUUUUGUAACUGAAGGUGAUAACGUCUCAAGUCACGAUUAGUGGAUCCCGUGCAACACAAUACAUACUCAGCCACCACUCUGAACGUUUUCCAUUUUUCUUACUGUCCCCUUGAUUAUAAAAGCAAUCAGGGGGUUAAUGAAAGCUAAUGAUAACAGUUGACCUUUUAAAAUGAAUUUGAUACAAUUUAGAGAGAAAUCUCUUUUAAUGCAAUCAUGCCAUUCCUUAACUGUCUAGCUUGAAGAGAGAUUGAAACAUUUUGUUUGUUCGUUUGAUUGAUUGGUUGGUUGGUUGAUUGAUUGGUUUUUGCACAGUUUUGUAUCCCAAGCUUCCCCAGGGCAGUGAAUUUAUCUCUUUGCACUUGCACAUGGCCAGCACAUGUCAGCAUUUCAUUACUGUUUAAAAUGACAAGUGUGCCCACAAUUAAAACACUCCCCAGCGCUGGGGUGUUUAACUGAAAAAGCACGCGAAGUCUUACAGUUAACAAUUCUCUAACCAAGUAUAAGAGCCACGUUGUCCUUCUGGAGGGCAUGAAAUGUUGAGUCUAAUUGUGUGUGGGCCCGCAGGAUCCAGCACAUAAAUGUCACACAACUCCACAAGUAACAAGCCUGGCCUGCUGUAAGUGUUCGUGAAAGUUUGGAAGCAGCAAUGCCGAACCUAUAAAUAUGAUGCUGUCUCUUUUGUGCACAGGAUGUACAGCUGCUUUUUCUGUCACACUAGAAAUGCAAACCAUUUAUGGGAUUCCUAAAAACCAGAGUAUGGACCUGAAACUUUGCUAAUGAUCUUUACUAGAGGCUCAUCCCACUUUUCACUGACAUUGGGUUUCCUUUCCAAUCCUCUCCCUACAGUAGUGGACUGCUUAUUCCCAGCUGUUUAUUUUAUGGAGUCCUGAAUUUAAAGAAAAAAAAAAUAUUUUGAUUCAUUUUGUAAAUACAAGCUGUAUAAAAAAAAGAGAGAUUUAAUGUUGUCUUUUAAAUACUCCAAUUUUCAUUCUAAUAUGGAUGUUGUUAUAUUGUACUUAGAAACUGUACCUUUAACAUUACAGUACCUUUAUUAAAAGUGCAUUGAACACAUCAAUUUUAGAUGUGCUUUGUGUGCUAUUAUCCUAUAAUAAAACUUCAGCUUCUAAUGGAA